GAGAUUCCCGCGGAGCCGCGCGCGCCCCCGGCCGGGCUGAGCUCCCAGACAGUGAGGAGAGCCGCAGGAGCCGGCGGGGACGCAAUGCGAGCCAGCAUCUGCCUUCUGUGGACGGGAGGCCAGGUCCUGGGACUUGCACUCUGACGUCAGGAAGCAGGUGGCCUGUCGGAGGAAGAAGCUCAUUGCCAAGUUGACCCCAUCCCGCGGCAUGGUUGCCUGAGAAGAGCUUCGGCAGGCGCUGGGGGUACCUGGAGGAAGAGCAAUGAAACCUUAGCCGUCCACCCGGGAAGACAGUUCGAGAUGGCAGCUCAGCGGAUCCGAGCUGCCAACUCCAGCGGUCUCCCUCGGUGCAAGUCCGAGGGGACGCUGAUUGACCUGAGUGAAGGGUUUUCGGAAGCGAGCUUUAAUGAUGUCAGAGUGCCUUCUCCCAGUGCCUUGCUAGUAGACAAUCCCACACCUUUUGGAAACGCAAAGGAAGUCAUCGCAAUCAAGGACUACUGCCCCACCAACUUCACAACGCUGAAGUUCUCCAAAGGGGACCACCUUUACGUCCUGGACACGUCCGGCGGGGAAUGGUGGUAUGCUCACAACACCACGGAGAUGGGCUACAUCCCGUCCUCCUACGUGCAGCCCCUAAACUACCGGAACUCCACUCUGAGCGACAGCGGGGUGAUCGACAAUCUUCCAGACAGCCCAGAUGAGGUGGCCAAGGAGCUAGACCUGCUCGGGGGGUGGACGGAUGACAAGGGGUCCAGCAAAACCUAUAGUAAUAACCCUUUCUGGAACGGGGUCCAGACAAACCCGUUUCUGAACGGGAAUGUGCCAGCAACACCCAGUGUGGACGGACUGACCCCCAGAAGCACCGUGGAUCUGCUGCUUUUUGAUCCAGGAGCAUCCUCGUUCACGGAGUCCAGCUCCGCCACCACCAACAGCACCGGGAACAUCUUCGACGAGCUGCUGGCCGCGAACCGCGUCCAGGCAGAGGCGCCCGGCAAGCAGGACAACCCGUUCUUCAGGAGCAAGCGCUCCUACAGCCUCUCGGAGCUGUCAGUCCUGCAGGCCAAGUCGGAUGCCCCUGACUCAGCGGGGUUCUUCACGGGCCUGAAGUCCCCGGCCCCAGAGCAGUUCCAGAGCAGAGAGGACUUCCGAGCCGCCUGGCUGAGCCACCGGAAGCUGGCCCGCUCCUGCCACGAUCUGGACUUGCUGGGCCAGAGCCCCGGCUGGGGCCAGACCCAGGUGCUGGAGACGAGCAUCGCCUGCAAGCUGGACAGCUCCGGGGGCGCUGUGCAGCUGCCCGACACCAACAUCAGCAUCCACGUGCCCGAAGGCCACGUGGCCCCUGGCGAGACGCAGCAGAUCGCCAUGAAAGCGCUACUGGACCCCCCGCUGGAGCUCAACAGUGACCGGUGCAGCAGCGUCAGCCCGGUGCUGGAGGUGAAGCUGAGCACCCUGGAGGUGAGAACCCACAUCAUCCUGGAGAUGAAAGUGUCGGCCGAGGUGAAAAACGACAUUUUCAGCAAAAGCACGGUGGGACUCCAGUGCCUGCGGAGCGACUUGAAGGAAGGGCCCUAUGUCCCCAUCCCCCUCACCUACAGCUACGGGGACACGGUCCAGGUCCAGCUGGACAACCUGGAGCCCUGCAUGUACCUGGCCAUCGUGGCCCACGGCCCAAACAUUCUCUACCCUUCCACGGUGUGGGACUUCAUCAAUAAAAAGAUCACCGUGGGGCUCUAUGGCCCCAAACACAUUCACCCAUCCUUCAAGACCGUGGUGACCCUUUUUGGGCAUGACUGUGCCCCAAAGACGCUGAUGGUCAGUGAGGUCACCCGCCAGGCCCCCUGCCCUGCCCCCGUGGCCCUGCAGCUCUGGGGUAAACACCAGUUCGUCCUGUCCAGGCCCCAGGACCUUCACGUCUGCAUGUUUUCCAACAUGACCAAUUACGAGGUCAAGGGCAGUGAGCAGGCCAGAGUGGUCAGGGGAUUCCAGAUGAAGCUGGGCAAGGUGAGCCGCCUCAUCUUCCCCGUCACCUGCCAGAAUGCCGGCGAGCUGUCCGACUUCACCCUGCGGGUCCAGGUGAAAGGCGACCAGGAGGCCAUCCUGACCCAGUUUUGCGUCCAGACCCCCCAGCCACCCCCUAAAAGUGCCAUCAAGCCGUCCGGGCAGAGGCGGUUCCUCAAGAAGAACGAGGUCGGGAAAAUCAUCUUGUCCCCGUUUGCCGCCACCACCAAAUACCCAACGUUUCAGGACCGCCCGGUGUCCAGCCUCAAGUUCGGCAAACUGCUCAAGACCGUGGUGCGGCAGAGCAAGAACCACUACCUGCUGGAGUACAAGAAGGGUGACACCAUCGCCCUGCUCAGCGAGGAGAAGAUCCGGCUAAAGGGGCAGCUGUGGACCAAGGAGUGGUACAUCGGCUAUCACCAGGGCAAGGUUGGCCUGGUGCACGCCAAGAACGUGCUGGUGGUGGGCAGGGCCAGGCCGAGCCUCCUCUCGGGGCCCGAGCUGAGCACGUCGGUGCUGCUGGAGCAGAUCCUGCGGCCCUGUAAGUUCCUCACCUACAUCUACGCCUCCGUCAGGACCCUGCUUAUGGAGAACGUCAGCAGCUGGCGCUCCUUCGCCGACGCCCUGGGCUACGGGAACCUGCCGCUCACCUUCUUCUGCCGCGCGGAGCUGGACAGCGAGCCCGAGCGCGUGGCAUCGGUUCUGGAGAAGCUGAAGGAGGACUGUAACAACACGGAGAACAAAGACCGCAAAUCCUUCCAGAAGGAGCUCAUGAUGGCCUUACUGAAAAUGGACUGCCAGGGCCUGGUGGUCAGACUUAUCCAGGACUUCGUGCUCCUGACCACGGCGGUCGAGGUGGCGCAGCGCUGGAGGGAGCUGGCUGAGAAGCUCGCCAAGGUGUCCAAGCAGCAGAUGGACGCGUACGAGUCUCCGCACCGGGACAGGAACGGGGUCGUGGAUAGCGAGGCCAUGUGGAAACCCGCCUAUGACUUUUUAUUAACCUGGAGCCACCAGAUUGGGGACAGCUACCGGGAUGUCAUCCAGGAGCUCCACAUAGGUCUGGACAAGAUGAAAAACCCCAUCACGAAGCGCUGGAAACACCUCACCGGAACUCUGAUUCUGGUGAACUCCCUGGACAUUCUGAGAGCAGCUGCCUUCAGUCCCGUGGACCACGAUGACUUUGUGAUUUGAGUGGGUUCCCUCACACCCACCGCUGCUCUGGGCCCUGCACCGUCGGUCUGUCCGGGAUGCCCACGCCAUCACGUGGAGCUGGGGAGGGAGGAAGGGCCAGCGGCUCAGACGCAUCUGGGGUCCCUCUAAGGCUGGGCCCACACCCAAGGACCAAGCACACGGCAGUGCUCCACCGCCCUCCUCCAUCGCUGGUGGGGGCCGGGUGGGGGGGCCUGAAGGGAAUUUCUACUGCAGGUCAUUGCCAAUCACAUAGCUUUCUACUUGUUAGGUGUAAAUUUAAAUUGGAAACUCCUUUUUUUAAAGUUUCGGGGGAAGCAGUUGAGAAAGGUGGUAUCUCAUUUUUUUAAAGGACCAUAAAGGUUUUAAAAAAAAAAAGUACACCUUAAUAGGAGAGGAUGCUGUUGAGGUUUUUAUGUUCUCUAAAGACCUUUUUAAAUUAUGUCACAGAUGUAUAUAUGUAUUUAAAGGUCACUGGGGGCAUUUGUGAUUCCCAGCCACACUUUGCGUUUCAACAUUUAGCACGCGGAGAGACGCUUGUUCAAGUGUUGGACCCCUUUUGCUCUCUACCUAUAAAAAAGGGUAAAUCAAAUAGGAACGUGGUUUUCAGUUGAUGAGUCCGGCGCUUGCCCAUCCUUUCCAAGAGUGUCCUAGGUCCUGCUGUCCCCUCUCGACUUGAUUCUCUUCUGUCCCUUUGCCUCGUGUUAUAGUAAAUGAUCAGUAGACCUUCUUCGAGCUUUAGUGGGACCUGAGCCAGCAGGUGCCCAUGAGAUGAGAAGGCAGCUGGGAGCUGGUGUUCGUCCUGGCCCCCACCUGCGUGCAGUCAUUCAAGAGAAUGGUGCCAUUUGCCGUGCGGCGGUUCCCACAGCCGUUGGGCCCCGCAGCCAUCAGCCACCGCUGUCCUGUUUCUCCUUGGGGGCGGGGGAGGGGAGCCCUGCGCCAGUGUGUGCACAGAGGGGCCGGCUGCCACUAGCCAGCUCCACUUCAUUCAUUACAAAGUCAGCCCCUGUUCCUUCCUGGCACACCCCUGUGGCCUAGGAAAUAACAUAGGGGACACCGUCUUUUUUCUGUCCAAGAGAAAGAUUAAUAGGCUCUGAGCAGGAUGAACGUUUUCCGGAAAGGAAACUGUUUCCCACCGAAAGUCAGGGACUCAAGAGCGUUGCACUGAUGCCCUUUACCGUUGCCGAUCAGUGUGCUUGUGCGUGGGCACACGGUGCUGGGCUCCGUCAUCCUGCUGUGGUGGUGGCAGCUUGGGAGGGGGGCACGGGGCAGGACGGAGGAACUACCUGGCAGAUCGAGAGGGAAGAUUCCGGGUAUGUGCUAGGACACGCAGCCUGCUUGUGUGGCAUGAUGGUGGGCCACUUGGGAUUCCUGGACCUCAUUCCCUAAAUCUGCUGUCUUGAGAUGUGUUAUGCUAAUUACCUAGUGUAAUCAGUGGGUGAUCCCUAUUGGGCUGAAACAUUCUUACGUAUCUGCUGAUUCAGAUUCUGAAGAUCAGCUGGCUAGGAACACACAGAAAAACAAUAUGUUUUUUUAUGCUGCAAGAACCAGGACACGCGAUUCCCCAGUCAUCCCACGAAGUCACCGUAAACUCCGCUUCUCUCUUCCACCAUCAUUCUUUGAGAGGUAUCUCUCGCCUUCUCCCCAAAGAAGAAGCAAAACCAGUCGCACCUUAAACCGUGGAUAUUUUUCCUCAGGGGCUUUAAAUAGUUUCCUAUGCAACAUGUCUUGUAGCACAAAAAUUAAAUUCUACAAAAGUUGCAGUAAAUUUUAUUUGGAUAUUUUAA